CGCUCUGUGAUCGAUUAGCAGGUCUGUUGGAGAAGUAGACAGGAACAGGACAGACGGAGCGGAGUGUGGCUUAAAAACACAAACAGAAAAGAACAAGCGCAAACACGAACAGCGGAUAAAACUCGUCGGCUGCCUUGGAGAAGAAGCACAUCUGCGUCUUUGUUUAACUUAUUUGGCUAGACAACGGAUCUGAAGAGUUGAUCUGCAGAGUGGAGAAGUGAAGUGAAGCAGGAGUCUACUGGAUAUUUCCUGAAUAACACACAUCCUACAUGAGCUACAAUUAAACUUUUGCACUCUUUUUGUCUUUUACUACGUUUGGAUUUAUAUAAUCACGUCGUCUGUGAAUUGCUGAUGCCCAGUGCACUCUGUGUAACAACACCUCUGUUGAAAAGCUGCAGUCUCCAGUAUCUGUUCAAGCGUGCUCUGAAUUGAUGAACUGGAAAAUCCACAGGUUUGUGAAGGAUCAGAUCAUACUUCGUUUCAGAUACUCUGGCUCUCUGACGUGAUACUGGCCCACUAGUGACAAAACCUGAAGAUGAUGUCAAGUUUUACUUUCACUCUACUGUCAUCUGAUAUGGCCCAAAGUACGAGCUGCUGAAAACUAAAGCAAUGCCCAUGACUUCGUAGCACCAGGCACCCACAGCUUUUGUGAUGUGACGCAUCGGCCCCCUUUGUUUUUGCCUUGAUCUCGCACCCUCGCUGUUUUAAUGAGGUGAACAUAUUUGGCUCGUGACUUUCUGCAACAAAGCAUUGUGUGGUGUAGCCCCACGCUCUUUCUUCUUUUCCUGUGUGUGCAUCCUCAGCUUACGAUGAGUUUGUGAAAGGAGUUUCUGAGCUUCAAAGCAAGCACGACGUGCUGCUUUUUACAGCCUUCCAGAUAUAAAGACUGGUCCAAAACUCCUGGGAUUUUUUCUUCCACGUCAUUUUCACUUUAUUUUGUCACUCUGAAUGCACUCUGUGAUGAGAUGAAUUGAGGUUGUCCUGGAGAGUCACUCAGACAUCACAGCUUGCUUUCUGCAUCUUGUACUUCCACCACCAUUGAUCAAAAGCGCUCCAUCUUGACCACUGACCACUACACCCAUCUUCCAUUUUAACAUUACGUGGGACAUCCAGACACCAAAACGAGGUCACCUCACUCACUGCACCAUCCUGGAGGCUGGAAUUUGUUUGUGGCGAGCAUCUGUUGUCCUGUGGCUGCUGUUCGUUUGCACACCUGAAGCUGUGUGAGUGGACUGGUGUGAGCGAGUGCAGGGACAAAGCCAAGCACAGGGCCGCUGGACUACAGAGCUCACGACUCUGGGUUCAGGCCAUGAGGUUUCAUGCCUCGAUCCACUGACGGGAGACACUGGACCUAAAUGGCGCAGCAUGACUUUGUUCCUGCCUGGCUUAACUUCUCCACGCCUCAGCCCGCCAAGUCCCCUGCAGCCCCUCUUGAGAAACAUGGUGAGCACUGUGCUCGUGGAGACGGCCGGCCGGGAGUGAGCCGCCGUAGACACAACUCCUCUGACGGCUUCUUCAACAACGAUCUGCUCCGCGCUCCGUCAGGUGAUGGGUGGCUCCAGCCGUCUCUGCUGAGGCAUGACUCUGUGGACUCUGGUGUCGCUAAGGGCAAUCAGGGAGGUUUGGGCAGUGGACAUGGCUGGAAGGAGACCCCCAGCUGGCAUGGGGCCCCGCGCGGUCAAGAGGGCCCUCACCAUCACCACGGGCGCCAUGCCAAACGCGGAGGAGGAGACAGGGACAGGCAGGGUGGCCAUCGGCAGCGCAACGGCAACUUCCAUCCACGCAAAGGCGCUCCCUUCCAGGACCGUUACUCUGACGAGGAGCGCAAUGAUGACAAGCUUAAGUUUGUUGAAGAGGAUUUUCCCUCCCUGAAUCCAGAGACGACUGGAAAGCCAGUGAGUCAGGCUCGCGCUGUGGGAACUCCAGCAGGCGUGUGGGAGAAUCCUCCCAGCGCUAAACAGGCUGUGUCUAAGAUGCUGGUCAUUAAGAAAGUGUCUAAGGAGGACCCCAGUGCUGCAUUCUCCGCUGGUUUUGCCAGUGCCGGCCCUCUGCCUGCCAACGGCUCCAAAGUCCCCAUCACUGGACCCAGUGUGUACAAGAACCUGGUUCCCAAACCUGCUACUGCCCCAACUAAGACUGGCCCUUGGAAACCCAAUGGAAGGGAAACUAAAGUGGGUUUGCAUUUCUCUGGUCGGGAUUCAGCCUUCACCAGCCCUGUGUCUGUGACCAAACCUCUGACCCCAGUCAGCGCACCACCCCAUGGCACUCCAAAAGAGCCACCAUCCAGCACUACUCCUCCAAUAGACAUCACUCCUCCUCGGCUGAAGCUGAUGCGGCGUGGCACAGACCGUAAGAGCGAGUUCCUGCGUGGACUGAAGGACGAGAGGAAUGGAGAGAUGAGCAGCUGCCACAGCCCUGGAGCUCCAACAGAGGGAGACAGUGGUACUCCUGAGCCUAAAGAGUACGGGGAAAGCCAUGAGAACGGCAUGUCUCACUCUCUUAGUGACUCUGACACUGAGCACCUAUCCAGCUCACUGGAGGCUGAACACCGGCUGCUUAAAGCAAUGGGCUGGCAGGAGUAUCCCGAGAAUGAUGACUUCCAGCCUCUCACAGAGGACGAACUCAAAGAGUUCCAGGCUAAGACCGAGCAGAUGAAGAAGAACGGGCUGGGGCGUAACGGUGUGCUCCUGAAGCCGCGCGCUGUGGCGCUGCUGACUUGGAGGAACUCCACCAACACCGGCCUGGAUGAAGGCUCCGAGUCUGAGACCAGCAGUAGCAGCCAGACUUCGGACGACGAGGACACCUAACGUGGCUUUAAAUCUCCCCUUGUCCUCUUCCUCCAUCACUCUCGCUCACUUUCUCUCUGUCUCUCUUACAUCAUACCUUACAUUUCAAGCGAAAAGAAGAAAAUGGUUGAAUAUAUUGUUUCCAUGGACAAGAGCCAUCAGUCAUAUCCCAGUGAGAGAGAACACUGAAAUGACAUGUCAUGGGCAAUUUGUUUUUCUUUCUUCCUUUUCUCUCCUGUUCUCAUGUUUUUCCCUUUUUCUCCCCAGACUAGAAAUGUCUAUCUAAAGCCACACACACACACACACACACAUCCCCCACCAGAUGUUUUUUGUUUUUGCUUGGGAAAAAAGACUAACUCAUAAUAACACCAAUUAUAACCGUGACUUAACGUGGAAUAUGACUUCAUCUGAAUGUUAUAUAAAAUGGCUUUGACACCUUUCUCAAAUAUAUUUUUUUUCCUUUUUGCGAAAACAAUUCGUAGCAUUAGUGUUAAGAUGAAACAAUCAUUGUGAGCCACUAACAGCGGCGUUGCUCCCAGUCCCUCAUAGAAAUGAACACAAGCCAGCAAGAAAGCACUAAAACGAAAGCCCAACAGAAAUCUUUUUUUAUUUUUAUUUUUUUAUUUUUUUUGGUAGUACAGUUUGGCAGCUAAGAUCUUAGCCCUGCUCUUGUGUUUGACUCAGACUGUACUGGUUCCAUUGUUCUCACUCUGCUUUUUCAACUAAAUGUGAGCAAGCUUGUGAAUGUACGAUCAAAGUGACAUGUUGGAUUUGAUAUGUAGCUUACAUGAGAGUUUAUUGCCUAGCAUUUGUGAGUGAAGAGAAGUUCAUUAUGAAAAAGCAGUAAUAGAGGAAAGCGUCACUGUCCAAUGGGUUUUCUUUGGAUAAACUCACCGUCAAACACACACUGUCUCAGUGCAAUUUCAUUUGAUGGACAAAAUUAGUCUGAUUUUGGACUUGCAGAAUUUCAAAUGGUUCUUCUUGUUCUAUGAGAAGUUCAAUCCCAAAGAAUUAUAGUUAAUGUUCUCCUGAUGCCAGAAUGUAGAGAUUAAGCAUUUUACAAGUCACCCAUGAUUCAUCAAUUCCAGUGGUUACUGUUGCAGGAAAAAAAUCAAUAAAUGAAUAGAGACUUAAAGGUAAUUAGAGGAAAAUGCAGUCUUGUCAAGCACAUUUGAAUCCACUGGCAAGAAAUUACUAUGUAGUGAAUGAUUUCUAAUUGGCUUGUUAGAAAAGAGCGUUUAGCCUGUAGAGCUUUCCUGUUGGCUCCUACUUGUAAAAGCAAGUUCUGUUCUGUUCACAGAUGUGUUUACGAGAACUCUAGAUGCUCUUCUGUCCGUGCAGCUGAUAGAACGGUAGAUGCCCUUCUGCAAAAGUUCUGUAUUUCAUGAGGGACUGCUGGUGGAAAUUAUGCAUCUCCUUUUUUUUGUACCUUGUUUUUGCUGAUAGGGUAUAAAAAGGCUUUAUUACAGAUUUAAGUUUCUUUUUUUAUGUUGGUACAGCUGUAAAAAAUCCCACAUAAAUAGUUUUUUUUUCUUCUUUUGUUUGCAUUAUGUUGUUCCUGCAGCCUUGAUAUUCAGGGUGGAUUGUAAAAAAUAUAAGAAUAAAAAUUGUGAGUUUUGGAA